GCGAGCCACUUCUCCAAGCGCAAACCUCGCAAAGCCAAAGCCUUUGUCUCGACGAGUGAGGGCGGACGUCAUGGCUUCUGCGGCUGCGGACAAGGGGGCGUCGAGCUCCAAGAAGAAGUGCGAGAAGAAAUUCGCCGCCAAAGAGGAAUACCGGCUGCUCUCCAGCAUCAUGGGUGUCAUGAACAACCUGCGGAAACAGAGAACCCUCUGUGACGUCAUCCUCGUGGUCCAGGGGAAGCACAUUCCGGCCCACAGGGUGGUCCUGGCCGCAGCCAGUCACUUCUUCAACCUGAUGUUCACCACCAAUAUGCUGGAGUCCAAAUCCCGGGAAGUGGAGCUGAAGAAUGCUGAACCGGAAAUCAUCGAGUUACUUGUUGAAUUCGUCUACACUGCGCGAAUCUCUGUCAACAGCAACAAUGUCCAGUCCUUAUUAGAUGCUGCUAAUCAGUAUCAGAUUGAACCAGUGAAGAAAAUGUGUGUGGAUUUCCUUAAGGAGCAGGUGGAUGCAUCAAACUGUCUGGGCAUCAGUGUUCUGGCAGAGUGUUUGGACUGCCCUGAGCUGAAAGCCACGGCCGACGAUUUCAUUCACCAGCACUUCACUGAAGUCUACAAAAUGGACGAGUUCCUGCAGCUGGAUGUUAAGAGAGUGACUCACCUCCUGCACCAGGACACGUUAACCGUCCGAGCUGAGGACCAGAUAUACGAUGCUGCGAUCAGGUGGCUUAAGUACGACGAGCCAAACAGGCAGCAGUACAUUGUGGACAUACUGGCCAAAGUUCGAUUCCCUCUUGUGUCCAAGAACUUCCUGAGCAAAACUGUCCAGGCAGAGCCCCUGAUCCAGGACAACCCAGAGUGCCUGAAGAUGGUCAUUAGUGGGAUGCGCUACCAUCUGUUGUCUCCUGAAGACCGUGAAGAAUUAGGGGAGAGCAGUCGACCGCGACGCAAAAAACACGACUAUCGCAUUGCGCUCUUCGGUGGAUCGCAGCCACAGUCGUGCCGCUACUUCAACCCCAAAGAUUACAGCUGGACAGACAUUCGGUGCCCCUUUGAGAAAAGAAGAGAUGCGGCAUCUGUUUUUUGGGACAAUGUGGUGUACAUUCUGGGGGGGUCACAGCUAUUCCCCAUCAAGAGAAUGGACUGUUACAAUGUGGUAAAGGACUGCUGGUACUCCAAACUGGGACCGCCAAACCCGCGGGACAGCCUAGCCGCCUGCGCUUCCAAGGGGAAGAUCUACACCUCCGGUGGCUCUGAAGUGGGAAACUCUGCUCUGAACCUGUUUGAGUGCUACGACACGCGCACGGAAAGCUGGCAGAACAAGCCCAGCAUGCUGAUGCCACGCUGCAGUCAUGGGAUGGUGGAGGCCAGUGGGCUCAUCUAUGUGUGUGGGGGGAGCCUGGGCAACAACGUGUCUGGGAGAGUUCUCAACAACUGCGAGGUUUACGACCCGAACACAGAGGAGUGGCGGGAACUGUGUGGCAUGAGAGAAGCCAGAAAAAAUCAUGGCCUUGUUUUUGUAAAUGACAGAAUUUAUGCAGUUGGAGGACAGAAUGUAAUUGGAGGCCUGGAUUCGGUCGAGUACUACGACAUUGCGAUGAACGAGUGGCGGAUGGCAUCGCCGAUGCCGUGGAAAGGAGUGACGGUUAAAUGUGCAGCUGUUGGCUCCGUCAUCUAUGUCCUGGCAGGUUUCCAGGGCGUGGGUCGGCUGGGCCACAUCCUGGAGUACUACACAGAGACAGACAAGUGGGUGGCCUGCAGCAAGGUCCGUGCCUUCCCUGUCACCAGCUGUCUCAUAUGUGUGGUGGACACCUGUGGAGCCAAUGAAGAGGACACUUUGCAAGGGGAAUCCCAGCAAUCUUCAUCUACUUCAUCAUCAGCAUAGCUAGCCAUGUGCCUUGUGUCUAGGCCUCUUUGCUUGGGAAACAUCAGGGACCCUGUUGGUGGCAGCUUGCUGAAUUAACUUUUAAACACCAUCCCUAGGAGAAGAGAUAUCAGCGGAAGGACUCUCUUUUUGGCAUGAGACCUUUGUCUAGAUAAAAUUAUGUAAAACAGUUUUCUAUGCUUUAUUUAUGUGUUUGUUUUUAUUAACCAGUGCUGUGUGGUUUUGGAUAUAGGAAUGUAUUCUGGUACGAGCUCUUGUGUCAUUUGAGAGCUAGGAUUGUGUACAUCCUCAGCUGACUAAUUUAUUGGCUGCAUAAUUUUUGCCAAAGUUAGCUAAGCAGCAUUUUCUCUGUGCUUGAAUUUAAAAUAUUUCAUUGUUAUUAAAUUUUUGUGUAGAAGGGUUUUUAGUUGCCUCGUUCAGAAAUGUAGUUUGGUGCUGUAUGGUGGGGGGGGAAAGGCUGUUCUGCCCAAAAUAUCAGUUAGAUUUACUUCAAGAUGACACUUUGAGCAUUUCAAUAUAUCAUAAAAUAUCAAAUCUUAACUGCAUCUGAAAAUAUUUAAUAUAGAUGUGUCUCAUUUACAGAUGUAAUGAUACAUGUGCAUGAGUCAUGACAAAUAUCUGAAUCAGCAUCCAUUCAAGGGUAAUUUACAAUGUUUGGUCCCAUGGUCUACA